AUGAGGUCGACCCCGCAGAUACCUCUCGAGCUCAUCGACCAGAUACUGGGCUACUUCCCGCCCAUCGUCCCUUAUCAUCAACGUAGUCCCUUCACCCAUUCGAAACCACCAACCCAUGAGUUGCAAGACUCUUCUACUAGUACAGGACCCGGCGCAGACGACAGCUAUACCGGGUGCGAGGAGGAGCAAGAUGCUGAGACCCAAAACCCAAUUCUCCAGUGCGCCCUAGUCUGCAAAGCCUGGCUGCCCGUAUGCAGGGCGUAUAUUUACCGGCGGGUUGUCUUGUGCUGCGAGGGGCCCGAAUUUUUGCAAGACCAUUGGGAAAUCGAUCGACGUGGCGAGGAGCGGCCGGAUGUGGGUGAGCGUGGGGAGCUUUUCGAGCAAGGCGAUAGGAACACAGAAAGUUCGUCGCAAACGCCGUCCUCGUCGUCCUCACACAUACACCCGGGCGGUCGAACGCAAACUCGUCUGAAACUCACCCGCUUCACACGCACCCUCCUCUUCUUCACUUCUUCCCUCCACCUAAUCCCCUUUAUCCGAGAGCUAGUGGUAAGAGGCGAUAAACGUGGGGUGUUCGUUUCAAAUUCUCUCACUGCCGUUACGGAUCCAGACACACUGGAAUGCGAGCAUGAUUCGUCGAUUCACGCCUUCUUCACGACGAUAGGAUCACUCGGAAUGCUGAGAUCACUGGAGGUUGAGAGGGUCGACUGGGUUGAGAGCGAGAGCGUUUGGCGCGAGGUUCUUUCUCGGUGCCCUGAGCGGGUAUCUGAACGUGGUAUCGGAGAAGGCGGCAACAAUGGACCUCAUGGCAGCGACCCUACACGGGAUGAAGGCAGCAGUGAAGGACAAGAUAAGCAACAUGAUGACAACGAGCUGAGCUUCCUGUUCGAGGUAUUGGUUAGCGGGGUCACACACUGCGCAGAAGACGAGAUAGAGACAAACCGUAAGAAUGGCGACCACCUCUCCCAUCGACCAGGAACCGCACGGAGACGAAGAACACAGAGCAAAUUCAAUCUAGAAGGGCAAUCAAACCAGGCGGCCUCGAUGCUGUCUUCCCUCUCCCUGCGUUAUUGUCGAUUCGGGACGUAUAGUGAUAUGCUGAGUUUGUUUGUCAAAACACAAAAUACGGGUUCAGGAAGAACACUGACAUCGACCCCCACGUCGCCCAAUCUUCGAAAACUGGAGUUUGUUUCGUGUGAUCUGGAGGAUCGGGACAGUGUGUCGGUCUUGGAUGACUUGGAGUGUCCGCCCGACAUUGGAUACGAGGCGUACGACUAUGGCUACGGGCAGUGGGACGCGGUGUCUUCAUCCCAGCCUGGAACAUCAACCUCUCAGCCGCCUACACCCCUCCACACCCUGCACAUCUCCGGCGCCGAGCAAUCUUUCAUCACCUCGUUCCUCCUCCACCCAUCCUCCCCGAUAUCCCUCUCCUCCCUCCCUAUCCUCAAAGUGUCGACUCCCAUAGAUACAAAUUUUGCCGUUACCAGCGAGGUGCUGAGUCAUGUGGGUAAAGGGCUUGAACAUUUUUGGUUCGAGUUCAGCGGUUCGAUCGCGAGAGACUUCGGCGCUCUUCAACUCGUACACAACCCGAACCUAAAAACCAUCCAUCUCAAAGGAGGAUCUGGGCGCUCGGCGAUGUUUGCAGGAAACACGGCGGUAUGGUCUCAAGCGUUGCUGACUACAAUACCGAAGAUCGACUCGGCAAUGCCGUCCUCGUUAUCCUCAGACCUCCUCUCAGCCCAUGUCCCAUGCUCAUGCCUCCAUACAAUUUCCAUCUCCAUGCGCAUGGACUUCAUCCCCCUUCGCGGAACCCACACAAACCGCUGGGUUGAGAUUUCAAACCUACUUCUCGACCCCCUUCGUUUCCCAGCGCUCAACUUUCUGCAUAUCCGGGUAAAUACUCGGUUGAAUAUGAGUACAGAUGGAGGGCCUUUAGGAGGGGGCAAUAAGAUGAUCGGCUUUGUGAAACAGGAAAUGGAGGAGAUGAUGGGGGCGAUGUGGGAAAGGGGGAUGGUAGAGGUUGAGAUGAGGGAAGAUGGGGGUGUUGAAGAGGACCCAUCGGAUAUUUUGGUCAUGGAACAGGAGGAGGGCGAAGGAGAAGAAGAAGAAAAGCAGAUGGAAGUCAAGGAAGAGACGUGUUGGUACAUGCGUGGAUGGAGGGGCGGAUGGCGAGGUGUCUAA